GUUCCAGCCUCAGUGCCUUUUGGGCUGGCUGUGGAGAGGUGUUGUGUUCCUUCGUCCGCCUAUCAUUCUUAUAAACUAUGUCUAGUGCCUUAUCGUAGCGCCAAGAUGGAAUUUAUGAGAUGUGUGUGGCUGUACGUGGUCGCCCUUUGCUUCGGUGUGUGUUGGGCGUCGGAUGGCUAUGUGGGGAAGAAGCUUGGAGAACUCAACAGCUACCAUCACCAGGUGGGCGGUGAGGUGUACGCAGUGAAUGAGAGGACAUUGCUCAUCAAGAACUUCAUGUACGAUGGGAAUGGUGGAGACACGUUCUUCUGGGCUGGGUCUCGCCCUCGUCCCGGCCCUCAAGGAUAUAUUGUGCCUAAUGAGCUUGGCAGGACCAAUGUUUUGGACCGCUAUCUCAACAAGGACAUCACCCUCACCCUGCCAGACUACAAGACCAUCACGGAGAUCAAGUGGCUGGCCAUAUACGACCUUAGUAGACUGGAACCUUUUGGAGACAUUUACAUCCCCGAAGGGUUUGAGCCGCCCCAGAGGGUCGUCCUGAACAAGCUCUCCUCCAGGACUCGGGAGGUGAAGUCUGGGGGAGUGAUCAUCUCUGAGUCGAAGACCAUCAUUAUUGAAGAUUUAAGCUAUGAUGGCAAGGGAGGAGAGGUUUACUUCUGGGUGGGAGUUGGACCUCAGCCUCACUCCAAGGGCACCAAGAUUCCUGAUGAGCAUGGCUACCUGACUCCUCUGGGGAAAUACGACAAGAAGACCAUCAUUCUGGAGCUGCCUGGUGACCUGACAGUGUUCACAGUGGACUGGCUGGCCAUUUAUGACAUUGCCAACGACAGAACACUGGGCUCCAUCAUCAUCCCUGAAGAACUUAAUGUGCCACCCUCACUUGUAAAGAUUAUUCCUCACAGUAACUCUAUGCCAAACUGUGAGCAGCUACACAAGGACCUGCAGGUGUCAUGGGAGGUGUUUGGAGACCAGAUCACCAUGGAGCUGGCAGGACAAGUGGGUGAGGACGACUACAUGGCAUUUGGCAUGAGUGGGUCACCCUCAGAGCCGCUGAUGGUGGGCGGCGAUGCAGUGGUGGUACACAUGGAUGGCUACCUUGGCUCCUUCAAAGAUUACAACCUCACCUCAUACAUGCCUUGUACACACCUGCUGGGGCAACACAAGGGAGUUUGCUACGAUGACUUGGUGGGAGGAGCACAGGACUACCAGGAGUUCAGCCACAAGAGAGAGGACGGAAUCAAUAUUUUCACCUUCAGACGCAGACUCACCACCCCUGAUGCAGGGGACAUCCCAUAUCCGGACAGUGGUGAGGCUAUGAUCAUCUGGGCUCUGGGACAUCUGGACAUCAACCGUAACCCAACCAUGCACUACGCCUGGUCCAAGUACAAGCAGCCUAUUGAGUUCACCAGGAAGGCCACAGAGAGGAAGUGCUUCGCAUUCACCAGGAGUGAGAAAUCUAUACCAGAGCGUUGGAAGCCAGUUCACCUUGCCAACCCUGCAGCUAGGGAGUUCACUGCCUCACUGGGGCCUGAUGGGGGGCCACGGGGCUAUGAGGCCAUCACCAGACAGCAUUCAGAGACCGGCCUGUCCUGGUACAUCAAUGGUUACCUCUCCCCGGACAUUUACAUCAAGAGGGAUGCCACCUACCGCAUCAAGGUGCAGGGUGGCUCCAACCCUAUGACCCCAAGAGCUACCACCCUCAUCAUCACAGAUGAACCACGUGGGGCAUACUCCCAGAUGUCAGAUGAGGAAAAGAAGGACAUCCGGGUGCUUGCUGGCAUUGGGUACUCCGUGAGGGGCGAUUCAAGAGCCACAGCAGCGGGUCGCCUGUGUCUGUGGGAACACCCGAAAGAGUUGGACCGGCGUAAGGAUGUGGAAUUCAGGACUUACGAACACUUCAGGAACGCUCUCCACCAUGAGUGUGGCGAAGGUAAGGCGGCUGUGUUAGAAUUCAAGCCCAAUAAGUCAUGGCCGGACACUGUCUACUACAACAGCUGGACGGGACCUAACAUGGGCUGGAGGAUACACAUUCUGGACGAGAUUAACACUGAGAGGAUCCUGGCGGCCGCGGAGAGUGGUGGGAACAGUCUGCAUUGGUCCUCACUCAACACACUGCUGCUCUGGCUGACUGGGGUGUGGCUGGCAAUGCUGGUGGUGUAGCUGUGUAGGUGUAUGUGUUAAGGAUUGAAUGAACUGUGCCUUACUCAAUAUAUAUAUAUGUAUGUGUGUGUGUGUGUGUGUGUGUGUGUGUGUGUGUGUGCACCACCAUAAAUGACCAGAUAGCAUUAUUCUUGACAUUGGAAUAGCUUUUAAUUUAAUGUCAGAAGUGUUUAUCUCUACACUCGCACUAAUUAAUGUUACUGUGAAGAGAUUGUCUUUUCUUCGCUCACACCAUGACUUCUUACUGUAUAUAGCUGCAGGCUGUUUAUAUGUACAGUAGAUUACUGAACAAUGUCCUUGUGAAUGACU